GCAAUGAAUAAUUAAAUCUUGAUCUUAAUAUUGUUUGCCAGCAGCAAUGCAUUUUAGUCCAACUCUUGAGUCACACAUGAAGAUGAGGUGAAGUGCUGUGAUGUAACACUUGAAUCCCACCAGUAGAGGGUGUGUGUGUGUGUUUGCGUGCGUGUGAGUGUGUGUGCUUGUGUGAUCCAUCUGCUACAACUUUUCUUUCUAAAAAUUCAUUUCACACCAACGGAGUCUCUCCUCCACGUGAGGUGUUGAUGAUGAUGUUCUGACUCACGAUUGUGUUCGUGUGUUCAUGUGUGUAUGCGUGUGUGUGCGUGUGUUUGAGUGAGUGGCAUGAAUGAAUCAGGGACACAUCGUGGUCCUCCUCCUCUGUCGUGACAUUCAUUGAGGAGAAAGUGUGUGUGAUGUCACUGACUCAGAGGGAAAUUCCUCAGCGGAUGGAGGGCGGGAUCAAAUGGACGCAGGAGUAUAAUUAGCGUAUCUGAGCGCAGAGGCACACAAGACCCUAAGAGGAGACAAGAACCAGGCUUGACAUAAAACCUCAGCUUGAGGCUUAGAGCCGAAACAUCCCCACAGAGACGGACGUGACCUGGAUGGGAGCAGAUCAUCAGUCACCUCGAGACUGUAGACUUAAUUAGCAGUGACUAGUCUGGAGGACCUGUUGGACUGUAGCAGAUCAUCAUGUCUUCAGCUUCUCUUCUCACUGCGCUUUUCACCCUGACCAUCAUGAUGGAUUCUUCGGCGGCCGGAUCACUGGUCCCACAGUCAGAAGUACCUCUGGGUCUCCAUCGGGGGGCGAUGUCCUCCGACUGUCCGUCCUGCACCCUAGCCCAUGUGAGGAAGAACUCGUCUUCAUUUGGCGGGUCCAGCGACAUGGUGGACGCGGUGAAACGUCACAUUCUCAACAUGCUGCACCUUAGCGCACGACCCAACCUGACCCAGCCAGUUCCUCGGGCCGCUCUUCUCAACGCCAUCAAGAAGCUACAUGUUGGCCGUGUGGCUAGUGACGGCAGCGUGGACAUCCAAGGUGAGGGCAAGGAUCCCGAGGCCUCAUUGCCAUCCGAGGUCAUCACCUUCGCAGAGCCGGGAGACUCGCUGGACACCUUAAACUUCGACCUUUCCAAGGAAGGAAGCAGAGGGGCGGUGGUGGAGCAAGCGAACGUUUGGAUCUUCUUGAAGUUGUCCAAGGGAAAUCGGGCCAAAGGCAAAGUGAAGCUGCAGCUUCAUAAUGCGGACGGAGAAACGUGCAUUUCAGAAAAAUUGGUGGACACGCGUCGCAGCGGCUGGCACACUCUUGCCAUCCCGCGUUCAGUUCAGUCCACACUGGACAGAGGAGACAGCAGACUUCGUCUUCGACUGUCCUGUCCGCUGUGCGCCGAGGAUGGCGCCGCGCCUGUCCUGCUCCCUCCUGCCAGCGAGCAAACCAAAGAGCAAUCCCACCGACCUUUCCUUAUGGUCGCGCUACGAACCAGAGAGGAAGUCGCUCGGCGUCGCAGCACUCGAAGUUUGGAGUGUGACGGCAAAAUUGGCACGUGCUGCAAACAACAGUUUUAUGUAAGUUUUAAAGACAUCGGUUGGAGCGACUGGAUUAUCGCACCAUCUGGUUACCAUGCCAACUACUGUGAAGGAGACUGUCCGAACCACAUGGCAAGCAUUGGUGGCUCCUUCCACUCCACCAUCAUCAACCAGUACCGCAUGAGGGGCUAUGGCCCACUCCAGAACAUCAAGUCAUGCUGCGUGCCCACACAACUGCGGGCUAUGUCUAUGCUAUACUACGACGCCGAGCAGAAGAUCGUGAAAAAAGACGUACACAACAUGAUCGUAGAGCAAUGUGGAUGCUCAUGAAAAGAUGCCUCGUCAGCACUUUGCAGGUCAAAUGUACAAUUUGAUCAAAUAUAUAUGUUGGCUGGACAAAAGUCUUUUAUUUGACUCUUUUCCACAUUGGAAAGAAAAAGUAGGAGACUGACAAGCCUGAUGGCAAUUAUGACAUUAUUACAUUUUAUUUCUACUUUGUGUCAAAGUGUCUUUGGCUUUGUUUGAAGGACAGAUGGUCAAUGGACACAUGAUGAUCGACUAUAUUGGGUUUGAAACUGGAAUGUGAUGUUUCAGUUCAGAAGAAGCUAAACGUUGACUUGUGAGGGACGUUGAAAUGUUUUUUUAAGAAGACGACAGAAGUUUCAAUGGUAAUUGUAAAUAAUUAAAGAUGAUUUCUUUAUUUCAUGUGUGCCUUGUGAUUGACAAGAAGCGGAUGCGUCGGUCAGUUAAAACUUUGCAGGCUGAGAAGAAGCUGGCCAGCCAAAAUUGGUUACCAUGGCAACGAUGUGUUUGUUCACUGACCUACAAACUCAUGGCUGAGUCGACAUGUUGAUUUAAGAAACACAAAGAUGGCAACAAUGCAUUGUGGGUACUGGAGCAUGUUGCACUCACAAAAGAGUCUACAAUCCACACUCUAAGAGAAAAAUGUUGA